AUGUCUUUUAAAGAUGACAGUUAUUAUAAAUAUAUAUUUACGGGAUAUGUUAACUAUGAUGAAGGAAAAGAAAUAUUAAAAAACUUUAUAAGAAAUUGUGAUAAUCAAGAAAAUAAAAAUAAAAUAUUAAUUUGUAGUGAAGAAUUUAAUAAUAUUGAAAACUCUAUUUACACAAUUCUUUCCAAACCAGUUCCAAUAAGUUUUAGAUUAGUUGUAAUACAUUUUAUUGAAAAGAUAAUUGAUUAUUUUAAUAAUGGAGGGAAGGAAUUUAAAAUUAAAAGUUUAAAGUUAAUUGAAAUUAUUUUUUAUCAUGCUAUUUCAUUAAAUUUUGGUGUUACCUGUAUAUCAAAUUUUUUUAAUGAUGAAAUUAAUGAUGUUAAACUUUAUACUACAUUAAUAAGACAUUACAGUAUAACUAUAUGUAGUAAUCCAUCUGUUUCAUACAUUUUUUCAAAAUUAUUAGAUAAUCAAUUACUAAUAAAAGAAAUAUUUAAUUCUAUAAGAUACUAUACAGAUAAACUUUUAAAUACAAUUAGAAUUAAAAUAGAUAAUAAAUAUAGAAAAAAUUUUAAUUAUAUUGAAAGGUGUACUCUUGAAAGUAAUACAUUACAAUUAAUUUUUUAUUGUCUUGAUACUUAUAUAAGUUAUGAAAAAAAUUUUGGAAAAAUAAAUAAAGAUAAACUUAUAUCAACAGUUGGAGAUAUAGAAUGUCGACUUGGAUAUAUAAUUCAUGAAAUUAAACAAAAUAAAUAUCCUUCAUCAGAUAUUUUUAUAUUUCCUUUAAAAAGUUGUAUUAGUGCAAUGUUGUGGUUAUUUUAUAGAAUCACAAAUAUUAUAUCAUCUUUAGAUGAUAUUAAAUAUGUAACUAAUUAUUUUCAAGUAUAUGUGAGAAUGGUUUUUAAUCUUUAUAUUUACGAAAUGACUAGAAAAAAAAAUGGGGAACAUGAUGAUGAAUCAAAAGAUUUUAAAUUGUCAAUAAUAACGUUGUGGAAUGAAAUUCCUAAAAUUGAAAGUAAAUUUGAAAAAUUUAUUAUACAUGUUUCAAGAGUAAAAAGUGAUGAAGUUAUGAAAUAUGAUGAUGUAUUAGAUCAUUUUGAUGUGGAAGAAAUUUUAAAUAUUCAAAAUUUAGAAAAAGAGGGACUGCUUAUUUGA